AUGGCUUUCUCAAAUGGCCCCACCGCCGACCCUCAAUUUGCGCCCGUGCUUGCUGCCCUAGCCACAAUGCAAGGCAACGUCGAAAGGGAACAGAAGUACCAAGCUACACAGUUCCUGGAACAGUUUCAGAAAUCGCCCGAGGCGUGGACAACUGCCCAUUUGAUCCUGCAGUCCGAGAAUGCUGCCGUGGAAGCGAAACUUUUUGCCGCAACCACAUUGAAGGGAAAGAUUACCUAUGAUAUUCACCAGCUACCUCGAGAAUCUUUAGUCCCUCUGCGGGAUUCUCUAUUGAGUCUUCUCAUGAGCUAUCGUAAAGGCUCUCGGCCGAUUCGCACGCAAUUAUGUGUCUGCCUCGCUGGUUUGGCUCUACAGAUGCUGGAAUGGAAGGAUGUGAUAGAACUGGUUGUAAGGACAUUGGGAAAUGAUGUGGAGAGCAGUGUCUGUUUGCUGGAAUUUCUGCGUGUUCUGCCAGAAGAAGUCACAGAAGGAAGAAAAGUUGCGUUGACGGAAGAAGAACUCACAACUCGCUCUCAAGAGCUACUCACAGAUAAUGCUUCGAGGGUUUUGACCCUUUUAGUCCAGUAUUCUCAGUCUACAGCCAAUAUCCCCCCGAGUCCUGCUCUUAUCUCAUGCUUGAAUUCGUGGCUUCGUGAAAUUCCUGUGAGCGAUAUUGUCAAGACACCUCUUGUUGAUGUGGUUAUCUCUGGCCUUUCUUCAGAGGACGCCCUUGAUUCAGCUGUCGAAUGCCUUUGCAACAUGUUUAGGGAAACCCGUGAAGUGGACGAGUCGCAUGACGUUAUACAGGCUUUAUACCCACGUGUCCUAGCUUUACGAUCAAAAAUCGGUGAAUCUGUUCAAGAGGAAGACAUGGAAAAGUUUAGAGGAUACACCAGACUGUUCUCUGAGGCAGGGGAAGCUUGGGUUGUUUUAAUUUCCCGCCUACCAUUGGAAUUCCGUGGAUUGGUCGAGGCCAUUGCUGAAUGUGCAGCAAGAGACUCUGACCGUGAAGUUAUCUCACUAACCUUCAAUUUCUGGUAUGAGUUAAAAAAUUACCUGGUCCUAGAGAAAUACAUUGAAGCCCGGGCGCAACUGGCGGACAUCUUUGCUGGACUUGUGGAUAUUAUGGUUUUGCACCUUCAUUACCCAAAGGGCAGUGAGGAAGACCCCUUUGAUGGUGAUAGGGAAUCGGAGGAAAAGUUCCGAGAAUUUAGGCACUCGAUGGGUGAUGUCUUGAAGGAUUGCUGUGAGGUUAUCGGGUCAACGGAGUGCUUAGGAAAGGCCUUUGCUCUUGUUCAACAGUGGAUGCAGCAAUAUUCCGCGAAUGGCCAGAAACUGGUAAAUGGCCGGGUCCCAAAUUGGCAAGACUUGGAAGCACCAUUGUUCAGUCUACGGGCAAUGGGAAGGAUGGUUCCAGCGGAUGAGGAUCAAGUCUUGCCUCAAAUCAUGGCAUCCUUGGUACAAUUGCCCGAGCACGAGAAGGUACGGUUUGCAGCUACUCUUGUCUUAGGAAGAUAUACCGAAUGGACCUCAAAGCACCCCGAUUAUUUAGAGUUACAACUUAACUAUAUCACCAAUGGUUUUAAACACAAUUCCAAGGAAGUUGAGCGAGCGGCAGCUAUGGCGUUGAAAUUCUUUUGCCAGGAUUGUGGAAAAUUGCUAGUUGGCCAUGUCGGACAACUACACCAAUUCUACGAACAUGUUGCUGGUGACCUUCCGCUACAAAGCUUAUACGAGGUUACCGACGGGGUUGCUCAUGUUGUUGCUGCUCAACCUCUCGACAAGAUUUAUGAAGCACUGAGGCUCUUUUGUGAGCCAAUUGCAAAGAGGCUUAUGGACAAGGCAAAUAGUGCCAACGAUGAGAAGGGUAAAUGCGAGCUGGCGGACCAUAUUCAGCUUCUAUCAAUAUUCGUCCAAGUUGUUCAUCCCCAUGUUCCAAAGGGUCAAGAAAACCCCAUGAUCCGCUUCUGGUCUGAAGUGUUCCCAAUCCUAGCAACAAUUCUCGAGAACUUUGUUGAGUUCCUGCCAAUCUGUGAGCGUGUCUCACGGUGCUUCCGAAGCAUGCUGAUCAGUUACCGAACUGAUAUGUUACCACUCCUGCCUUUAAUGGCUACUAAAUUGGUGGCCUGUUUUGAGAAAUCUAAUCAGGGAUGCUUCUUAUGGGUUACUGGGGCGGUUAUUAGAGAGUUCGCGGAUGAAGAAUUUGUUGAUGAGGCAACAAGGAACUCAAUUUAUCAAUUUUUGGAACACCAAUGCUUAACCAUGUUCCGAUUACUGAAUAGGGUAUCGCCUACGGAAAUUCCAGAUGUUAUUGAGGAUUUCUUUCGAUUACUUGUAGAUGGUGUUAUGUUCCAUCCCUACAAAUUAAUACGCUCCUCUCUUCUCCAACCAAUCUUUGAGGCCUCGCUUGCAUCGUUAGAGCUACAUGCAUAUCCUGAUAAUCCAGCAGCUGUCCAAGAGGCAAUCAAAGCUAUGGCCCUAAGUAAGGGGGAGGCCAUUACACAAAAGAUUCUAAGUGGCUUGAUGUAUUCCUUCCCAAGAGACUGUGUGCCGGAUUCUUCAGGUGUCUUAUUGGCACUUGUGGAGCUCUGUCCUGAGCCGUGGCUACAAUGGAUGAAACAAACUUUGGAGAUUUUACCUGCUGGAAGUAUCUCGCCAGCAGAGGCUCAAAAGUUCUUGAAAACGCUUGAAGGUGCCGUUUCUAUAAAGGAUUGGAAGAAAAUUAGAUACACCCUUCAGGACUUCACGAACUGGUAUAGGCGUAAAAAUGUUACUCCCAGAACUGCCGUUGCUGGGAUCGAAGGGAUCGAAGGCUCAAGAUUUCAGUUCAGUGGCUGA